GAGAGGAGAGGGGCACAGGGAGAGAACACUGGUCCGGGCUGGGGUGAUUCAGACUAAACCCUCGGGGGCUCCCGGUGGCUGGAAAGGGAGCUUACUCUGUUGAAUGGUUUUUAAGAGGCUGUGCUUUCCCCCCGCCUCGCCAGAAAUCCCGAAGUGCAGAUAUUUCUUCAUUUCUCCUUCCACCUGCCGCUGGCUGCCCGAACGCAACUGCGGGAACUCGGCGGCUGCCGCCCCGGCUGCUCGCGGCUCCCUUCCAGCGGGCGGGGGCUGCCGGCAGGGGAGCCGGGGUUUUCCCCCUCUCCCGAUAGAUACUUGUGCAAAUGCUUAAACGUUGCUAACUGCCGAAGCGUAUUAUCUUACAACCCUCGCUGGAGGAGGUAGGACUGCAGAGGGUCGUGCCUGACACCCCUGUGCAAGUGCAGUGAUGAACCUCUCGUGUAGCUGAAGCGCAGACGGGUUGGAAUAUGCUGCAGACAAUUUACGAGAGUGAAUCGUGUUUUUCCUCAGAUGGGGUUUCUGGACGUGAAAAGCUCUUGGCUCAGCAAAGAAUGCACAGUAUGAUCAGCUCAGUGGAUGUAAAGUCAGAGGUUCCCGUGGGAUUAGAGCCUAUCUCACCAUUAGACUUGCGAACUGAUCUCAGGAUGAUGGUUCCCAUGGUAGACCCAAUUAUGCGUGAAAAGCAGCUACAGCAGGAACUCCUUCUGAUCCAGCAGCAGCAGCAAAUUCAGAAACAACUGCUGAUUGCAGAGUUUCAGAAGCAGCAUGAAAACCUGACCCGCCAGCAUCAGGCCCAGCUCCAGGAGCACAUAAAGUUACAACAGGAACUCCUAGCCAUUAAACAGCAGCAAGAACUCCUUGAAAAAGAGCAGAAACUGGAGCAGCAGAGACAAGAGCAGGAACUGGAGCGGCAUCGCAGGGAACAGCAGCUUCCUCCCCUCCGAGGCAAAGAAAGAGGCCGAGAAAGGGCAGUGGCCAGUACAGAAGUGAAGCAGAAACUUCAAGAGUUCCUGUUGAGUAAAUCAGCAUCAAAAGACUCACCAGCAAAUGGGAAGAAUCAUUCCAUGAGCCGCCACCCCAAGCUCUGGUACACGGCUGCCCACCAUACCUCACUGGAUCAAAGCUCUCCACCCCUGAGCGGGGCCUCGCCACCGUACAAAUACACUUUACCAGGAGCGCAGGAUGCCAAGGAUGAUUUUCCACUUCGUAAAACGGCUUCAGAGCCCAAUUUGAAGGUACGUUCAAGGUUAAAACAAAAGGUGACAGAAAGGAGAAGCAGUCCUUUACUCAGGAGGAAGGAUGGGAAUGUUGUCAGUUCAUUCAAGAAGCGACUCUUUGAGGUGACAGAAUCCUCAGUCAGUAGCAGCUCCCCUGGAUCAGGUCCCAGUUCCCCAAGCAAUGGCCCGACCAGCAGUAUAACAGAAAAUGAAACCUCAGUUUUGCCAUCUAACAUUCAAGCUGAGCAUCUGGUUUCACAGCAACGACUUUUGAUACAGGAUGAAUCAGUGAACUUGUUGAGUCUGUACACAUCCCCUUCUCUGCCCAACAUUACCUUGGGACUUCCAGCAGUACAACCUCAGAUCAGUGCUUCAUCAUCAUUCAAAGAAAAGCAGAAGGGGGAGACCCAGUCGCUCAGACAAGGAGUGGCCUUGGCUGGACAGUAUGGAGGGAACAUUCCUCCAUCCUCAACUCAUCCUCAUGUUGCUUUGGAGGGAAAGCCAAAUAGCAGCCACCAGGCUCUUUUGCAGCAUCUGUUAUUGAAAGAACAAAUGAGACAGCAAAAACUUCUUGUGACUGGAGCAGUUCCUCUUCAUCCACAGUCUCCUUUAGCAGCAAAGGAGAGAGUCUCCCCUGGCAUAAGAGCUGCCCACAAACUGCCUCGUCACAGGCCACUGAAUCGAACCCAGUCAGCUCCUCUUCCUCAGAGUACUUUGGCCCAGCUGGUCAUCCAGCAGCAACAUCAACAAUUUUUGGAGAAGCAGAAACAGUACCAGCAGCAGAUCCACAUGAAUAAGAUGCUCUCUAAGUCCAUUGAGCAGCUCAAGCAGCCUGGCAGUCACCUGGAGGAAGCUGAAGAAGAGCUUCACGGAGAUCAGUCGAUGCAGGAAGAGCGAGCGCCCGCCAGUGGUGCCAGCGUUAGGGCUGAGAGCAGCAGUGCUGGUGUGGAUGACAGAGUAGAUCAGCAGGUGGGGGCUGUGAAAGUCAAAGAGGAGCCACCAGACAGUGAUGAGGAUGUUCAAACCCAGCAAAUGGAAUCUGGGGAGCAAGCUGCUUUUAUGCAACAGGAGUUCCUGGCACAUCGGCGUGUCCACCAGUUGCAAAUCUACCAGGCUCAGAUGGCUACAGUUGGCAUGGCUGGAUUAGAUAAACAUCGGCCAGUGUCCAGGACCCCGUCUUCCCCUGCUGAUUCUACAUUACCUCACCCAGACGUGGACCAGUCCAGCCAGCAUGUCUACACGACUGGUGUCGUGUAUGACAGUCUGAUGCUGAAGCAUCAGUGCAUGUGUGGCAACUAUGCUAAUCACCCUGAACACGCUGGAAGGAUCCAAAGCAUCUGGUCAAGGCUGCAAGAAACAGGGUUGCUAAACAAGUGUGAGCGAAUUCGAGGUCGAAAAGCCAGUCUGGAGGAAAUACAGCUGGUUCACUCUGAACAUCAUUCACUGCUGUAUGGCACCAGCCCCCUGAACAGACAGAAGCUGGACCCCAGGAAACUCCUAGGAAACGUGUCUCAAAAACUCUUUUCCUUGUUGCCUUGUGGGGGACUUGGGGUGGACAGUGACACCGUUUGGAACGAGCUGCACUCAGCUGGGGCGGCACGCAUGGCGGUGGGCUGUGUCAUCGAGCUGGCGGCCCGCGUGGCCUCCCGGGAGCUGAAGAAUGGUUUUGCUGUUGUAAGGCCCCCAGGCCAUCAUGCUGAAGAAUCAACAGCCAUGGGAUUCUGCUUUUUUAAUUCGGUUGCAAUUACUGCCAAGUACUUGAGAGACAAGCUAAAUAUAGGCAAGAUAUUGAUUGUAGAUCUGGAUGUUCACCAUGGCAACGGUACACAGCAGGCUUUUUAUGCUGACCCCAGCAUCCUGUAUGUUUCCCUCCAUCGCUAUGAUGAAGGCAACUUCUUCCCCGGCAGUGGAGCCCCAAAUGAGGUUGGAAGUGGCCCUGGUGAAGGAUAUAAUAUAAAUAUUGCUUGGACAGGUGGCUUGGAUCCUCCUAUGGGCGAUGUUGAGUAUCUCACAGCAUUCAGGACUGUGAUUAUGCCAGCUGCCAAUGAGUUUGAUCCAGAGAUUGUCCUGGUGUCAGCGGGAUUCGAUGCAGUGGAAGGCCACGACCCUCCUCUGGGCGGGUACAAAGUGACAGCUAAAUGUUUUGGUCACCUCACCAAGCAAUUGCUGAAGCUAGCGGAUGGCCGUGUGGUGCUGGCACUGGAGGGAGGACAUGACCUUACUGCCAUCUGUGAUGCAUCUGAAGCCUGUAUAAAUGCCCUUUUAGGAAAUGAGCUGGAGCCUCUCCCGGAAGAUAUUGUGCAUCAAAUCCCAAAUAUGAAUGCAAUAGCUUCUUUAAAAAAGACCACUGAAAUUCAAAGCAAGUACUGGAAGUCAGUGGAGCCAUACUCUGUGCCAGUGGAUUGUGCUCUGGCAGAGUCUCAGAAAAGAGAGAGGGAGGAGACAGAAACCGUGUCUGCGAUGGCCUCUCUUUCAGUGGAUGUGGAGCAGUGUGGCCCUCAGGAAGGUAGCAGAGCUGCUGGCGAGCCCAUGGAAGAAGAGCCAGCCUUGUGAAGUGCCAAGUUCUCCCUGAUAUUUCCUGUGGGUGACAUCAUUGUGUAUCCCCCCAAAGCACCCUCAGACAUGUCUUGUCUGCUGCUUGGGUGGCACAGAUCAGAUGGAACAUAAACACUGGGCACGUAACUCUGAAUAGCAGCUUCACUUGUUCUUUGGAUGGACUUGAAAGGGCCCUAAAGAUUCCUUAAAUGUAACCGCUACAAUUCUAGAGUUACACUAAAAUGGGCUUGGGAGAAAGAGCCUGGAGCAUGCUUUUUAGAUGCUGUUUGACCCACUCACCAACAAAAAUUGUGAAAUAGAGUAUUGCAAAAUUCUACAGGAUAGAUUAUAGAUACCGGAGUUGCAACAGCCAGCAAAAUACUCGGUAAACUCCAUGAAUCACUUUCUGACACUUUUUACUGGGUAAUUUUUUUUCAUACUGUGUUAAAUUGUUAAUAGAAUAUUUUUUUCUUUGCUCUGCAUAAUGAAAAAAAAAAUUAAUUAUUUUAUGUGCCAUUUUUUAACCCCAGUUAAAGAACCCCAGUUCUCAGCUGAAUAAGUGAAAGGUGUGUAAAUUACACUGAGGGAUUUUAGCUGAAGGGAAAACACUUCUUAUUGUACUAUAAAUUCCCCUAAGUACUGUGCUUGGUGGUGCUUUAUUUUCUUUUCCCAUUUCCCAGCUAUUCCCCCCAUUUUGUCUAAUCUUUUCUAUCAUUAAAAACACGUUCAUGACUCUCUAAAGCGAGCGAUCUUCUGCCUUUUAAAAAAAGCGCUGUACCCUCCAUAGUUGACAGUAGUUCUCACCAGAUGUGCAGCAGAGAUCAAGUAGUCUCUGAAAAAUGGAUGGCUUUUCAAAUGUGCUUUUAGUUUGUUCUGAAAUGUUUCUGCGUCCGGACUCUAAGAGCAGCGAUCUUCAAUAACUGCGUGCAGCUCGUUUGAAGCUCAGGUGUUUCUGUGGCGGUUGUGCUGGGGGUGUUUUUUACAGGUCAUCAUGUGAAUACAAACUGAUUCUUUUAUGUAGUCCUGCACCAAGAGAACUGAUGUUGCUUAAGAAGCUUCAAAGGGUUUAGGCUUUAUUUUAGAUCCCCAAAGUGCAGCGAGAUCUCCCUGCAAUGUGACUUUAGCUGUUUAAUUCCAUGUUUGAGAACGUAACAUAGAGUUGUGCCUUUAGCUGAUAAUGAACGCUUAAACUGUUACACGUGUUGCCUUACCGUCAGAGAAAGAGAUAGGGCAUGGAUGUAAGACCACUUCAAAUGAACAAAACUCUGCUACAGCAACUUUUAUUUUUGCUUACAACUUUCUCACCUAAUGAACCCUGGGAGAUACCUUGAAGUAUUUGACUUGCAGUAUUUGAUAGCUUGCUCAGCUUUUAAAAGCAAGUGAUGUUCAUUUUUAUAUAUUUUCCAAACUCAAAAGAUAUAUUAAAGCCAUAAGUGAAGACUGUCAUGCUUUUUAUUCUGAAGUCUGAAAGGAACCUUAAUUAAAACAAGAUUUUGGGGAAGGCCAUGAUAUGAAAGAUAUGGAACAAUAUGGUUUCAGUUAUAGGCAGACUCAAACCUGUAAAUCAAAGAUGAAAGAUUUCACUCAAAUAGAAUUAUAUAAUUCUCUUUUGUUAUGCAGUCAGACUAUCUUUCAUGCAUUUGGGUUUGUUUACGAUUAGCAUUUUAAUUUUAAAGACUUUUAUUACUUAUGCAAAAGCUCUUUGCUACAAGUUAGAAAUCUGAGGCAUGCUUUGAAAAGGAAAAUCUAAAAAAGGAAUGUCAUUUCCUAUAAGGUGAAGUAAACUUUUAUUCUGAAAUGUAUGUAUGCCCCUCAGAAAGUGAAAUAAAAUUCUACCCCCCAUUUACAAGCCAAAAUCAUGCUCAUUUCAGUAAUGCAAAGAGUCCCAGCAGGCUAAAUUAACUCCUGGUGUAAACCACCUUGCUUGACUUUGAGCCCUUCUGAAGAGGUUGCUCACAUGACUAAGGCAAUCAGGAGUUCAUCCUGAAUUUUCAGCAGACUUGUGAUGGCAAUCUUGGUUGCUAUUUACUGUAAUUUUCUUGUGGUCAUCAAAGAAGUUUCCCUUCAAGGAAACCAAGGACUAUAGUUGAUGAGUUGGGUAAUUUGUGGAGCUUUUCACAUUUUUAAAAAAUGGCUGAAAAAUUUUAAUUCAGUGGAUAGUAAGAAAAUUUUGAAUCUUAGCUUGCAUGAAAUUGGAUAUGAAUUGCAGCCUGAAACGUAAGUUACAAACUUUACCAAUUGAAGUCUAUAUUCUGGGGUGGAAAUCAGCUAAAGCUGUCCUUUGUAGCUGGAAAUGCUUUUAAAAUGCCAGAAUAAUUUGCAUUAAACCACAUUAUAAACUCACACUCAUGCAUUUGUAUAGGCAUACUCCCAGACAGAUAUCUUAGACAGUCUGUUGGUUAGGGUUCGGAUCAUUGGGAUAAGCAAAUGUGCAAAUAAACUGUGCACAGAUUGUGUCCAGAACUUUGUUCUCACUGAAGUCAAUAGCAAAAUCCUCUUUGAUUUAAAUGGGAGAUGAAUCAGACCCUGCUUUCUUUUUUUUUGUUUUUUUUUUCCUUUAAGUCCAGAACACCAUUACUUUUUGAUUAUGUCAUUACGAGGCACUGUACGGCCCUCUGGGAAACGGUCGAGGCUUAUGGUGAAUAUCAACACUUCCUUCAAAGCAGAUCAGGGCUUUCUGAGAGGGCAGUUUCACUUGCUGCUGUUUUCUUCUCACAGUAUUUUUUAUUACAAUCAAUAGCUCCCCAUGGAUUACAGUAAAAAUAUCUCCCAGCAAUUUCAGACAUACUUCUAGGGAAAUAUUCACAUAGACUCUCUUAAAAAUGCCCAGUUUUAGCUGGAUUCAACAACAAAUUCCAAGAAUUUCAGAAAGAUUCACAAAUUACAUGUUCCCCUGUUUCUAAUGUUCAUAGGCUUAGCAGCUGUUUCUAAAGAGACGUCACAGUCUCCUGUCUCCCAUGGACCUUAGCUAAGCACUAAGGAGAUUGAUACCUCUGAAAAUGAAGUCCCAGAUAUUUCAGGGUGGCUGCCAGUACUUCUACAUCUGAUCUUAAAUUACUUCCAAAAAUGAGCUGAAAUGGAUAAACAAGAGGGGAAUAAAUGGUAGUUUCUCUGAGUGAUCCCACAGAGAAGGUGAAGCUGAGGAGGUGGCAGAGAGACCUGGGAGCCAGGGUGACCCUCUGCCUGGUGCUGCUGGCAUGGGGAUGGCAGCUGGGCAGGAGGAGAUCCCAAAGCACCGCCACCCCCACGAUGCCAUUGCAAUUAGUAGCAAAUCCUUGCCUUGCAGGAGAAGCAUGCAGGGAUUUGACUCUGCCUCUGGAUCAAGGUGUCUCUAAGCCAUCAGCCUCCAGAAUGAGAGAUGUCUUGCCAGCAAGUACCACUAAAAUGCUUGCUUCAGCUCAUAUUCUUCCCUAACGUUAAGGACUACAUAUUGAGCUCAGUGGGGCUUUUCUUGUGUUAUUGUAUUUUUCUUGUAUUCUUAGGUCCUUAGACUGAAAACUAAAAAAGAGAAACCAAAAACUAAAAAACUAAAAAACAAAAAAGUUAUAUUACUCAGGACAUAUAUAUUUUUUUAAAAAAUAUUAUUUUCAUCCAGCUUAAUGCUUUUACCUGUGCUGGAGUUGGAACAAUGAUGAACAGUAAAAUUUAAAACUGCUAAAACGUAAGAGUGUCUUGCACUUCAUUUUUUGGAGUUUGUUUGCAGGAAUUCUGUAUCUGCUCAUUUGGCUUUAAUAUAAUCUGCAGCAAUGAAGUUCUUGAUUAUACUAUACUUCUUCAGGCAGAAUUCCUAGUGGGUAAUCAGAGUUCAUGGGAAUUUUGCCAGUGUAAAGAUGACAGAAUUAGUCCCUUUUUUAAUUAUGUACCUUCCUAAUUUUAGUUUCAGUGAAAAUGAAGUAACUAAUUCCAGGCAAGAGAAUCUGAGGAAAAGAAAAUCAUUAAGCUAUCUUAAAUAAACAUCAUAAAAGAAAAAGAAAAUAUAAACAGCUGUUAUGCAAAUAAAGGUGGUUGUUUCUUUACUUUGCAAAAUUUAACAGCAUGCUGCCAGCUGAAUGAAAGUGGCAAAAUUAAUCCCUCUCUGGAGUAUAUGGUAUUUGAGUUGGUGUCUUAUCUAAGUGUAACCUCCCUAAAAAGCCGAGAGACAUAACUGGAGAUGAAAUAUUAGAAAGGUUUUGCUGCAGCCAACACCAGAGGUCCUGUAGAGCACAAGAAUGUGGAGACUGACUAAUUUGUGUAGACAGACAGCAGGACACUUUCAGGGCAAUGUGUCUGGGAUGAAGAAUUAGAGGGAACUUUUCCAAAGGCACGAAUGGCUGGGAGACAACUAACUUCUAUCAGCUUGCAGGGGAAACGAGGUGCCCAGCGAGCAUUUAUUCUUUGGGAAAUGACCCUUCUGCCCCACAAGCACACACACAUCCAUGCAGCCAUGAACCUUGCUGUACAAUUGUUUUUGUCCUAAGCAGCAGCAGCAGCCAGGUGUGCUGCCCUGCCAUAUGUGCUGUGCAUUUGCCUAAGAAACUACCAGCCCCCGACAGACACUUCAUAACAUGACUGAUAGGGCACAUUUUUAUAUUUUAUUUUUUUUAAAAUUUUAAUAGUGGCCUUUCCAGAAGUGUAGCAUUGCACUGUUGUUCUAUUUUAAAAGGUCACAACAGAGCUUUGUGAACCAUUGUACUUUUUUUUUUUUUUUACAGACUCCAUAUGGAAGUAAACCAGAACAUAUACAUGGAGGGUAGUGGGGGGGACCUGCUGAGAAAGAAUUUAUCUUAAAUCACCUUUCAGCUACCUGAUUUUUAUCCUGGAUUUUGAGGAGUUUUGAUUCUUAAGCUUUUAUUUUGUAAUGUCACUUGCUUUGGUUUUUUACCUAUCAUUAAAUUCACCCUUGUAACAUAGAAAAGCACCACAAAAAUGUGUCUUUUCUGAAAGAUGCCCCUGUCCUUGGUGUGGGAAUGAGAAUAGCUUAUCUUUGUCACUUCUAGCAGCAAUUAAAUGCUUCAUUUUUGUGACAGAUCCAAACUGAAGUGGUAUUUUAUGAGUAUGAUUUAGCUGGCUGUCUGCUGAUUGUUAAAAAAAGAAAUUGUGAAACUCACAUUCCUCUCUAACCUCAAAAGGGACCCAUUUUGAUUUUAACAAUGUAAUAUUUUCACUUGAUCCAAAAGGUUUUUGUCCCAUGACAUCUCGUUACUAGCUUAGUUUUAGUAUCUAGCAAAUAACACACCACAGAGAGUGAAGACCAGAAAGGACAUUCCAGCAACUCCUAAUUGUAUCUCUCCUGCACAAUCAUUCAUCCUGCUCUAGUGCCAUGCUCUGUGGUUCAGCAUGUUAGAAGAGUUUAUAGCAAAAUAUAAAUUAUACUGCACCAUCAAGGUUUGAAUGCUAAUUAGUACACUGUGAGUUGUGCUGUAAUUUCUAAGGGAGACAUGCUCCUGUGUGAAAGGUCUAAAUGCAAUGAACACAUGAAACCAGUGGCACUGGUACUGUGCAGUGAGAGUGAUUCUGUGCUGAGAUCUCCACACAUAAUCCUCUUCCCAAUGGCAGGCCUGCAUAGCCAGAGGCACAUUGGCAAUGGCAGAGCAGUAGGGUGCCCUGAUUCAAAGAGCACUGAAAUCCCUUCUCUGACAGGCUUUGGGUAAAAUCCGGAAGGCAGCUGGAGAAGAAACCUUAACUUUGUGCUCAGCCACACACAGACUUUCAAAAAGGGCAGAUACAGAUCUGAACUUGGCCACACAUCCCUAUUUCUAAUACAAAUUGCCAUUUCUGCUUCUAGAAACGUCUGUCUGAAAGAGCAUUGACACCAGUGGAGAUAUUCUAUUGACUUCAGUGGGCUUCAGGAGGAUGGAUACAUAAUGUGUUAUGGGAACAUGUUAAUAUUUAUGUCUUUUACUUGCUUAAUUUACUGCUAUUUGAAAUUACUCGAUUGGCUUAAUAUUCCAUGAUGCAGUAGGAAAGCAUAAAGCAAUACCUGGAGAAGUCAUGCCUAAAGCUUUCAAAGCAAAUUCAUUGCCAUGGGUUUUUACAACACUGACUUUUUGGUCUAGAGAUGCACAGCUGAAAUGUCUAUUUUUUUUCUUGAGAAAUUGACGUUGCUAUCUGUUUCUAUGAUAAAAAGUGGUCUGUUUGCUCAGAGUACUAAAAGUUUAUCCGUAAUUUGUCUUCCCAGGCACAUCAGUUUCUAAGGGUUAAAGCAUCAGUAGGCAGAAUUUUUAAAGGUCAAUAGUAAUAUUUCCAUAAGAGUAAAAGGUACCUGUGGAUUAUUCUUAUUAUACCUGAUACAUUUUUGUAUCUGAAAGCAUCCAAUGAGUAAUGUUGAGUAAUAUUGUGCUCCAAAACUUUGUUGAUUAUAGAUAUUUGAGCAUUGGGUUGGCGUGAAAUGUUCUUUAACUAAGCUGUUACAAUCUCUUUUGUUUUGUGUUUUGUAUAAUUCUUUGGCUAUAGUCUUGUCCUAGUGUUAAUAAAAGUUAUUUGAAGUAA